AAAAGAAGAAGAAGGUUCUGUAAAUUUUGGAGGGCGGAAACGUCAGUUUACGUCAGUAAAAUCCUAUAAAUUUAACAAUUUUUUUUUUGGGAUUAACGUUGUAUUUUCGGAUUUUGAUAAAUAUAAUGUCACAAUUUUAGGAACUAGUUAAAGGACACAAUGAUUGGAGGAUUGUUUGUUUACAAUCACAAGGGUGAGGUUUUAAUCUCCCGAGUAUACAGAGAUGAUAUAGGUAGAAAUGCAGUUGAUGCCUUCAGGGUAAAUGUUAUUCAUGCCAGGCAGCAAGUCAGGUCUCCUGUUACGAAUAUUGCUCGUACCUCAUUUUUUCAUAUCAAGAGAGCCAAUAUUUGGAUUGCAGCUGUCACCAAACAAAAUGUUAAUGCUGCAAUGGUCUUUGAGUUUUUACUUAAAAUUAUUGAAGUAAUGCAAUCCUACUUUGGCAAGAUAUCUGAAGAAAAUAUCAAAAACAAUUUUGUUCUUAUUUAUGAGUUAUUGGAUGAAAUCCUUGAUUUUGGUUAUCCCCAAAAUACAGAUACUGGAGUAUUGAAAACCUUUAUCACACAACAGGGUAUAAAAUCUGCCACCAAAGAGGAACAAGCACAAAUAACAUCUCAGGUUACCGGCCAGAUUGGCUGGAGACGUGAAGGUAUAAAAUACAGGAGGAAUGAGCUCUUCUUGGAUGUUCUCGAAUAUGUUAAUCUAUUAAUGUCUCCACAAGGGCAAGUACUUUCUGCUCAUGUGGCUGGUAAAGUUGUUAUGAAAUCCUACCUUUCUGGUAUGCCAGAAUGUAAAUUUGGCAUUAAUGAUAAAAUCGUUAUGGAAGCCAAAGGCAAGGGGGGCAUGGGUUCCACAUCUGAUUCCGAUCCCGCCAGAUCGGGAAAACCUGUUGUUGUGAUUGAUGACUGUCAGUUCCAUCAGUGUGUUAAAUUAAGCAAAUUUGAAACCGAACAUUCCAUUAGUUUUAUUCCACCUGACGGUGAAUUUGAGCUCAUGAGAUAUCGGACAACCAAAGAUAUCUCCUUGCCAUUUAGGGUGAUUCCUUUGGUGCGUGAAGUAGGUCGCACCAAGAUGGAAGUAAAAGUUGUGUUGAAGAGUAACUUCAAGCCUUCCCUUCUGGGGCAAAAAAUUGAAGUUAAGAUUCCCACACCGCUGAAUACAUCUGGAGUUCAGCUCAUUUGCCUAAAGGGGAAAGCCAAAUAUAAAGCUUCUGAAAAUGCUAUAGUUUGGAAAAUCAAACGAAUGACGGGAAUGAAAGAAACCCAAUUGUCAGCAGAAAUCGAGCUAUUGGAAACCGACACCAAGAAGAAGUGGACUCGUCCUCCCAUUUCGAUGAACUUUGAGGUGCCAUUUGCCCCAUCUGGAUUUAAGGUUCGAUACUUGAAAGUCUUCGAGCCAAAACUCAACUAUUCCGAUCACGACGUAAUUAAAUGGGUCAGAUAUAUUGGCCGGAGUGGACUAUACGAGACUAGAUGCUAAUCUUGAAUUGAUAGACCAUUGUAUCAGAUAUCUAUUUAGUGGGUUUAUGUCAUUGAUAUACCGUAUAAGUCCCUUAGUACCGGUAGGUUAGGGUGUAAAUUUCCGCGUUAUAAUGUUGAUUAGAAAAUACUCGUGUGUCGACGGUGUUCCAAGAUAAACAUGUGUAAUUCACUGAAUUAUAUCGAAAUCAGGAUGAAAUUGAUAUCCAACAGGUAAAUAUGGAACAUAAACAGGAUAUAAAGGGUCACUUCCUCUUCAUCUUUGUCUAACCUGUGGUUGGUACCACACUGGUGGGUUGGUGAGUGUAGAUUCCUUUGUACAUAAGGUAGUCUUCAGCGCCCCGUUAUCUUAGAAUUUUAGAAAAAUGUAAUAAAACUGUAAUCUUUCCUAAUUAAUAUUGCUCUAUUUCAAAAAUAAAUAAUACAAAACGUGAGAAAAACAUACACAACAAACAACAGAAUACACACACAUAAUUAAGCCAAAAACUCAUUGGGUUUGAAUUAUUGCAAGCAAAAUCCUAAUUAUAAGAACUAAAAUUUAAAAAAUAGAUAUAUUUUUUAAUUUUAUAUUUAUUUAACUUUUAUUCAACUAUACAAUAAACUCACUUUCAAUUUACUUUUGUUUUGGAGUUUUGCUUCAUUUUUCACUAACCAUACAGGUCCACACAUAUAAAGGCAGAGUAUAAAACAAAACAAUACUAUAUAAAAUUAGAAUUUUGCUUACAAAUUCAUUCUGAUUUAUUCUCAGAUUGUUCUCGUUCAAUUCGUCACUCUUUAUUAGUUUUCUCUAUAGAUCUAACCUAUAUUAGCGGUUAGAAAUAUUGUCCUGUGUCGUUUUUGUUUUCUUUUUUGUUUUAUUAGUUUUAUUGUGUUCUUUAGUGUUUAGUGUUCUGUAAUAUGAACUUUAAUCUUCCAAACAGCAUUUUAUUAAUUUUGAAAUCACGGUGGGUAAUAACCUUAAUUGAAAGUAUGGAAAUUGUCAGGAGAAAACAUAGUGUAAUUGUAGCGGCUCCAGCAGUGAGUGUAACUUGAAUUUUAAAUUUGAAAAUAAAAGAAAAUUCAGUGAACCCCAAAUAGUCGUUUAUAAAAGAACAUAUCGCUUAUUGGGUGUAAUAGUGGCACAUCCACAAAAUAAUAUUUGAAAGAAAAUCAGUGAUAUAGGAAAAUAAAAACUGAAAUAUUGAGAUAACUCAUAUCAACUCCCCUACGUAUUAAAACAUUUAUAGUGAGUGAUCUUUAUAAUUAUAUAUUGAGUUGUAUUAUUCUCUUUUUAAAACAACAAAUAUUUUUUGAGUUUUUUUGAAAUAAUUUUUUUUGCACACAUCAAUUUCACGAAUAAAGUGCAAUAUUUUGAUAAAAAAAAUUCUCAAUAAAACAGUAGAUGAAAGUUUUAACAUAAUUUUAAUAUAAAAAUACCUAUAAAAAUAUAAUACGGCAAGAAAUUAAUACAACACAAAAAAAUGUGCCUUUAUAAACUUUGGCACAUAAACAAGAACUACAAAAAACAUCGAAAAGCUAUAACUAAAAAACAAGCGAACUAUGGUUUUUGAUACAUGUCGAAGUAGGUAUUAUUUCUAAACUAAAAGAAACCACUAUCAGAUUAGUAGUAUUUUAAUACGUAAACAAUAAAAAACAACGUACCUACAGUUUUUGGUAGAGAGCUGCUGUUGUUAAAAUUAUAAGAAACAAGAAUUAUCAUGGCUCGUAAAGAAAAGCUAAGCUAUUCUACAGUUAAAAGCAACAUCCAACUGUCCUGGUUUUUGGAAAAUAAGUAAAAAAUACUAUUUUCAAAGUAACUAAAAACCCGUGACAUUUCAGUCUUUUUACUUUAACUUUUUAGCAAAUCCAUUAAGUCAUUAAACUUUUUCUUUGGAAUUGGAAUCAAUUAGCAUGGUCUAGAUUCAGAUUUCCAAAAGAUGUAAAAGUCGCGCCUUUUAGCAUUUUGCUUUGCGUAAUGCUUAUACUUCUGUAGUCAGUUUCACUAUAAGAUGUUUUACAGGAAAAUGUGUCCGGAGCACCUUUUUCUACUUUGAAAACACACGCGUCAUUUAUUUUGAAAAUAUCGCCUAAACUGUCCCAAUGAAAAAUUAAUGAAGUUUAAGUUACUAGUCUUUUAAAAUUGAAAAAUCAUCGUAACUUAUGUCUACGACUUUAUAAGGAGUUCCUGUCUUCUUCGCGCCUUUUACUCUGCGGCGAUCACAGGCGCUCUAGGUUCUGUGCCGGUUUUGCGCGUAAGAAUAUUUUAUUUAUUCAAACGAAAUUACAUGAAUAAAGUAACACAAAUAAGACCAACCCAUAAGGUUUACUAUUUUAUUUUACUCCUUCCAUGCCUCUAUUUAAGAAAGUAAAACAUAACAUUGUUAGCUUUGGUUAGUUCAGUUGAACAGUCCCAAUCUAGUUCUUUCUUAAAGUCGAUUUAGGAUUUUAGGCCUCGGCCAUGGAAAACGCUGGGAGUCGGCGAAAAAACUUUGAUAUAAUCAUGAAAAAGGACGGACAGAAAGCAAUCCUUCAUGUUCUGUUUAUGGUGCGUAAAGAUAAAUUUAAUAUAUACAUAUAUACAUUUUGCUCUUAAUGCGCUACCUAACACUUAAGUGGGUUGAUGCAGUUUUAUUACUCUAUGAUGUGGUUUUAAGUUUCUCUAUGAACAAAUAUGGUUAAUUGUUUUAAUCUCAUUAUUUUAUUUUAUUUAUAUAAUUAUAAAUUUUAGAAUUGUUUAUUAUGAAAUUUUGUUGUUAAAUGCCGGGCGCUUUAUAUCUCUUCCAUUUCUUUUUAAAUUUAUUGCAUGUGUGAUUAGUAAACUAUGUCAUUGUUAGUAAUAUUGGAAGUUGUUACACAUAUAAAGUCGGAGUUUAGGUAAAAAAAGCUUUUGUGGUUAUUUCUUUUUAAAAGUGUAUAAAAUCUGUAAGCCAUAUUGUAACAAUUGUAUCAUUAAAGAACA